AUCCAGCUCUAGCCGAAAACCAACCACCAAACACUCGCCGAGUUCUUCGCACUUACACAAACACACACGGAGAGAUGGGUUCCAGCUCCAACGAGUUCGACAUAAUAGUAAUCGGUGGAGGCAUCAUGGGCAGCUCCACCGCUUACCAAACGGCCAAAGGAGGCUGCAAGACACUCUUACUUGAGCAAUUCGACUUCUUGCACCACCUCGGCUCCUCACAUGGCGAGUCUCGCACCAUACGUGCAACUUACCCCGAGGACUACUACACCGACAUGGUCCUCGAAGCUUCCAAGCUAUGGAGAGAGGCCGAGUCAGAGGCCGGAUACAAAGUCUACACCAGCACUCCCCAUCUUGAUAUGGGACCGGCUAAUGAUGCUAGUCUCAAGGCUGUCAUAGCAAGCUGUCAAAAGAAUUCCUUCCCGUUUCAGAUACUUGACCACCGUGAAGUCACCAAUAAAUUCUCCGGCAGGCUCAGCAUACCAGAGGAUUGGAUUGCGGUGUAUACCGAGCUCGGGGGUGUCAUUAAGCCCACUAAGGCAGUGUCCAUGUUCCAAGCGCUAGCAUUUGGAAAGGGUGCAGUAUUGAAGGACAAAAUGGAGGUGAAAGAUAUUAAAAGAGAUGAAGUCAGAGGAGGCAUAGUGGUCUACACAACCAGGGGUGACAAGUUUUGGGGUAGGAAAUGUGUGGUCACCGCUGGGGCUUGGACAAAAAAGUUCGUCCAUUCAGUUACUGGCCACGAAUUGCCAAUUCAGCCCCUGGAAACUGCAGUUUGGUAUUGGAGAAUCAAGGAGGGGCACGAGGAGAAGUUUUCCAUUGGAGGCGAUUUCCCGACAUUCGCAAGUUAUGGACAGCCUUACAUAUAUGGGACCCCGUCUCUGGAGUUCCCGGGCCUGAUCAAGGUUGCAGUGCAUGGUGGAUGCCUGUGCGACCCGGACAAAAGACCAUGGAUGCCCAGACGGGACAUAGAUUCAUUGAAAGAAUGGAUGGAAGGAAGAUUCCUAGGAUUGCUGGAUUGUAGCAAACCUGCGUUUACACAAUCCUGCAUGUAUUCAAUGACACCAGACGAGGAUUUUGUGUUGGAUUUCUUGGGCAGGGAGUUCGGGGAAGAUGUGGUGAUAGGUGGUGGAUUUUCCGGUCAUGGAUUCAAGAUGUCCCCGGUUAUAGGGAGGAUACUGGCAGACCUUGUGCUCACUGGGAGUGCAGAUGGGGUGGGGCUCAAGCAUUUUAGAAUAGGAAGGUUUGACGAGCAUCCGAAAGGGAAUAUAAAAGAAUUUGCAGAUCAGGUUGGUUUCAUUAAGAGUCCCCUCUGAGUGAGUACUUUUGAGUGCUGUCCUGGUGAGGUAUGCUAGUUCGUGCCCAUUUAUUUUCUUUGCACAUGUUUACUAGGACCUAUUGCACCGUGUGAUUCCAUUUACUCUUCGAUUGGCAGAAGAAUGAGUUGUAUGUUAAUUUAGUAGCAAUUCAUCCUCUAUUAUGUAUGAUCUAUUAUGUGUUUUGGACAUAAAAGAAAAAUCUCUUCCGCA